AUGCGAUCGUCGUCGACGUCGCGACGGGCGGCGAACGACCUCGCGCGAGGCACCGCGCUCGGGACGCACGGACGAUACGAGAUCGUGGAGAUGAUCAAUCGAGGUGGGACCGCGGUGGUGUACAGAGGAAUCGAUAGGGAGAAGGGUGGGGGGGAGAUCGCGCUGAAGUGCAUCGACGUGUCGAGCGACGCGCGCGUCGUCGUCCCUCUGGCGGCGGUGAAGCGAGAGAUUAAGUACGCGACGCGGUUGAUGGGUGGGAACGGGUCCAACGCGGGGGUUCCCGGGGUCGUGCGUUUGUUAAACGUGGUGAAUCACGGCGAGGACGUGCUCGUGCUCGUUUUCGAACUCGCAAAGGGUGUCGACGCGCUGGAUUACAUCAACCAACACGGUGGUCGUCUGGAUGAGGACGAGGCGCGUCGGUUAUUCGCGCAGCUCGUCGAGGCGGUUCGAGCCAUUCACGAUCUCGGAUUUUGUCAUCGCGACGUCAAACCAGAGAACGCGAUCGUGUGCGAGGACGGGAAUUUACGAUUGAUCGACUUCGGUCUCGCGAAAGGGCUCGAGAGCGCGAAGACGCGAGCCGUGGGCACGCCCGAUUACAUGUCACCAGAGCUGCUCGACAAACUCGAUCGCGACGGCAAGGCGCGCACGGAGAAGUACGACGCGGCGGCGUGCGACGUUUGGAGCAGUGGCGUUUUUCUUUUCAUCAUGCUUACCGGUCGGUACCCAUUCCAAGACCCGAAUCGUCCGAAUAACGUCAAGGCGACGUUGCAAAAUAUUGUGAAAGGAAACGUUGCGCCACUGCGGGUCGACGUCUCGGAUGAUGUUCGCGACUUACUUCGAUGCAUGCUCACGCCGGAUCCGAGGAAACGAAUCACUUUGAAACAGGUCGCGAAACACCCGUGGCUCAGUGGAUCCUUGGGGCGACGUAAGAAGCCCAGCCUUGUGGACCGUUUGAAACAGUCUUUUACGUUUCGUCGCGCCACGACGUCGGAUUGA